AUGGACCAGAGUCUCAAGCCCGGCAUUGGAGGCUUGGCGCCGUCCACGUUGGGUGUUCUCUGGAGCCUGACAGGCAUCACCUUGAUCUUCGUCCUUCUUCGACUCUAUACGCGCGUCAAAGUCGUGCAGUCGUAUGGGAUGGAUGAUCACUUUUUCAACGCCUCCUUCGUGACCUUUGUAGUCUACGAUAUCAUGAUGACCAUCUCCUCGACCUACGGAUUUGGUCGCGACAUGGACGAUAUUAUCAACGAUCUCGGACCCGUAGCGGGCAUGGAAGCCAUCACAAAGGCGAUUCUCUACUCAGCCAUCGGGCAGACGGUACUCGUCGUCGGCACGGUCCUGUCGAAAACGUCACUCGCCCUUUUCCUUCUUCGCCUCGUCACGACGCGUCGAAGCCAGAUCGCCAUCUGGGUCCCCGACUUCUUUCUCGCCACGGCCGUCGUUGCCUCUCUCUUUGUCUUCUGGUUCUCCUGCCAGCCGGUGGCCUACCUCUGGGACCGUCGACUCGAUGGGAAAUGCACAAUUGACCCCGGUCCGAUCGCGACGUAUGCCGGCGGCUGGUCUGUGGUUCUAGAUAUCUGGUACGCCGCAUUCCCGUGGUUUUUCCUCUGGAAACUCAAUAUGCCACGGAAGGAGAAGUGGCUCAUUGCUGGUUCGAUGAGCCUCGGCGUUUUCGCUGCGGCAUGCGGCAUCAAACGCGCAGUCGAGCUGAAGCAUCUGGGCAGCCCGAACUAUCUGAAAGACGUGGUGGGUAUUAUUAUAUGGCAUGCAGCGGAGCUCUGCACGACAAUGGUCUGCAUCGGCAUCCCGGUCUGCAUCGGCAUCCCGGUCUGCAGACCUCUUUACAUGAGGUGGCUCGACGGUUGGGUUUCGACAAAGGAAAGUGGCGAGAGCAACAGUCAGCGAGGCGGGUGGAAGAAGGAUAAUGGAGAUGACUCGGGUAACAGCGACGGGAUCUUCGCCAUGCAUACAAUCGGCGGCAGUGGCUUUAAGGGGCAGAAAGCCACACGCGACGGGCGUGGAGUGACGGUGACGACAGAGGAUGUUGACUGGCGAGAAGACCUUGGGCCCUCCAAAGAGAGAACCAUCUCUGUUGGCGCCGCGGGAUACCUAAAUUCGAACCACGAUUCCAUCCUACGAAACGAACCGGGAUCUGGAGACAACGAGGACAUGGAUAGAGGCCCGUCGAGGAUCGCAGUCAGAACUGACUUUCAUGUAGAAGUGGUCGGAGCCACGGGACGAGAACUUGGCUAG